CUCCGCGUGUCCGAUUCUAGCCACCUGCACCCAUACCUUGGUCCAUAAUACAGCCGCGUCUCUUCUUCUGCAAUUGUGACUUGCCACUACCCUCCUUGCUUCGUUAUUCGCUUCUUUGAGCCUGCGUUGACACCCCUUUGAGCUUCAUUCACGGUUGCAUAGACACGAUGAACGGCAACGCCAGCGGCGAGGCUGGAGCAGUGGGGAAGGAAGCAAUCAAUACUGAGAUCGUCACCUUGACGCGCUUCCUCACAGAGGAGCAGGCAAAGCACAAGGAAGCCACAGGAGACUUCACGCUAUUGUGCCACGCCCUCCAGUUUGCCUUCAAGAGCAUCGCAUACUACAUCCGACGGUCGACGUUGAUCAAUCUUACUGGCCUGGCGGGCGCCAGCAACGCGACUGGCGAUGACCAAAAGAAGCUCGAUGUAAUCGGCAAUGAUUUCUUCAUCUCUGCUAUGCGCUCUUGUGCCCGCGUCCGGCUCCUCGUCUCCGAAGAAGAGGACGAAUGCAUCAUCUUCAAUGAGCACCCGAGCGCCCGAUACGCCGUAGCCUGUGACCCGAUCGACGGCUCUUCCAACCUCGACGCCGGUGUUUCUGUCGGAACCAUCUUCUCUAUAUUCAAGCUUUCUGAUGAUGCGAAGGGCACAAAGGAGGAUAUCCUGAAGUCAGGAACGGAGAUGGUAGCCUCGGGUUUCACCAUGUACGGUGCAUCGUCGCAGCUUGUCAUCACGAUGAAGGGCGGCCAGGUCAAUGGCUUUACGCUGGAUAACAACUUUGGCGAGUUCAUCCUCACGCACCCGAACAUGCGGAUCCCGAAGACGCGGGCCAUCUACUCGGUCAAUGAGGGUAACAGCUUGUACUGGGAGGAGCCGGUCAAGGAGUACGUCAACAGCCUCAAGUACCCCAGCGAGGGCGGCAAGCCGUACAGCGCGCGAUAUAUCGGGUCCAUGGUGGCGGAUGCGUACCGGACGUUGCUGUAUGGUGGCAUCUUUGCGUAUCCGGCGGAUAAGAAGAGUCCAAAGGGAAAGCUGCGGAUCUUGUACGAGUGUGCGCCCAUGGCCAUGGUUUUUGAGAAUGCUGGUGGUCUCGCCGUCGACAGUCACAUGCGCCGCAUGCUGGAAGUCGUGCCCGAACACAUCCACGACCGGAGCGGUAUUUUCAUGGGCAGCCAGGGCGAGGUCGAGAAGGUGAUUGAGUUCCACAAGAAGCACCAGAAGUAGAUCAAUGUCGCACUCUCGGAGGAUUCUAUCAAUAGGAGACAAGUGAGGACGUCCGCGAAUUCUUAAGGCUUCGGAUAUAGGGCGCCGGGGUUGUCUAUAUUGUACGCUACCAAAUAUGAAACGGAUACUCUGGAUUCCGGACUACCUGGAUGUGAGGGCGGGUAGGUCG